GCAUCGUUCCUCGACCUGUGGUUCGGAAAAUUCUAUAAUUUUCCAAAAGAUUAACUUUGUUUUUCAGUUCACACGUCAAAAUAAUUUACUGUCCAGUGAUAACGGUACGAACUAAAAGAUAAAACAUUUUGCCUUGGCGAUUAGUGUGAUAAAAGUUGUGUUGACUAAAGCAGUGCGUAUUCCAUUGUGUUUUUAAAUAUAUUUCCAAUCUGCUGUGCUGAAAUGAUUCUGUUUAUUUUCAGUAUUACGGCUGUGAUUAAUUUAGUCGCCUCUGAAAGUUGUUUCUAUCAAAGAUGCCUUGGUUGCUAUCCACAAGAAAUGAUUUCAGCUGGCUCGUUAGUAGAGUGUCACCCAAGAAACUGGGUGUCGGCCCAAUGGGUUCUAAACUAUGGUCACCCGCCACCAAGCACCGACUCGAGGAUACCAAUAGAAUAUAGCUGCUUGAAGAUGGUGGCUACACCUGAUGAUAAAACAUACGGAAAUACAAUGGAUGUAAUUCGAGGCUGUAUACCACGAGCGCAGAUCGACUCCGUGUGCCUGGGUCUUAUAGCAGUAGAAAAAGCACGAGGACAUAGCGACGUGCGGUGUUUUAUUUGCAACGGAGACAGCUGCAAUUCUUCUACGCGUCUUCAAAAAACACCUUUGCUUUUCAUCUUAGCACUAUCGCUAUAUUACAUCUUUAGGUGAAAAUAAUGAAGCUGAUAUCUGGUUUCAAAACACAAGUUAUUCAUUAAUUCGUUUUUAAUGCAUUAUUGUUUUUUUUGCAUACAACCAUUGUGUGUGUUAAAUAUGAAUUAUGUAAAAAUAAAAACAUUUUGUUUUUUGUAUCUUAUUUCAGUCUCUCAAUAAUAUCAUAAUACACAAAUAUUAAGAAGCACCUUUAUAUGUACAUUUAUAACGUAACUAUACAUUAUUUUGGCAAGGUUCUAUUUGCGUGUAUUAUUUUGGGCGGGUUAAAUAUUUUAGUUAUAUUAAGCGUGGAUUAUUAACCUUUUUGCUCAUUUUAGAUAUUUUAUAAUCUACUAUAAUAAUUAUUAAUAAAAUGGAGAGAUUAUACUGAAACCGUAAUGAACUUAUUGGAUGAAUCCAAUGUCAUAUCACAGUCAUAAUUGGUUUCAAUUCUCGCGUUUUAAAAUACA